AUGACAGUGAAAAGAGAUUCUAGAACUGGUGUUUUGGUAGAGCAUAAUGGUCAGGAUAAAUUCAAGGAGUUGGAGAACUGUCCACCAAGAAUCGUCGGUUGCCUCAUAAACGGCAUAAUUGAUGGAAACGAGGCGUAUGCAAAAGACGCUGGAGACCACGCUACACGGAAUUAUAACUUGCCGGAUGCCAUCAAAGCAUGUGGACUCAGCUUCUCAGAAGUCGAUUUUAAACUAACGACCGGUUCUAUGAAAGAUACUCUUCCAAAACUUAUCAAGCUGGCUGUUAGAAAAAUCAGAAAACAUGGUGCUCUCAUUGGUACUUGUCGUUACAGUAAUCUCAACUCAUUUUCUCAUUGGAUACAAAACGUUAUAUUUCCGGAUAUCAAGAGCAGUGAUGAAGCCUUCGAAAUCUCACUGGUUCGAAUAACAGAAGUUGGAACUAACAAAGCAGUAGGAGUGUGUAAAUAUCCGGAAGGACCGAAGACUCCACUUCGAGGUCCAAUUUUUCAAGCCAAAAUUAAAAAGGAAGAAAAAGAGAGUGGGUUGACUGAUUCGGAGUCACUCGCUACUAAGAGCUCAAGUGAAAACUCUGCUUGCAGAUCAGAAUCAAUUAGACUAUCCAGUUCUCCGCAGCAUUCUGACGAAACCACCGAAAACGGUUCUAAAUGUAGGCAGAAAGCGACGACUAGAUUCAGUAACUGGUGGAAAAAGUGGUGGUCCAGCCGGAAAAAAAAGAAACAGAAGCAGUAA